AUUGCAUCCUGGAGUGAUGAUAAAACCAUACAAAUCUGGGAAGAGAACUUCUCUGGCUUUUUCGUGUGUAAGGCUGUUUUGGAGGCAUCAUGUACUGUUAGAUCGUGUGCCUGGUCACGGGGAAGCAAAUUGUUGGCAGCAGCUUGCUCUGAUGUCACCACUGCCAUUUGGAAAAAUGUCGGUGUUCAUGCCUAUGAGCGUAUCUACACUUUAAAGGGUCAUGAGAAUGAAGUGAGAAGUGUUUCCUGGAAUAGGGACGGGCAAUUUCUUGCGACAUGUGGAGGUGAUAAGUCAAUUUGGAUAUGGGAAGUUUUGCCUGGAAAUGAGUUUGAUUGUACUUCAGUGUUACAAUGACACACAGAAGAUGUUAAGAUAGUUCAUUGGGAUGAAAGAUUUUUAUUCUCCGGUAGUAGUGAUAACACCAUUAAGGUGUGGAAAGAGGCAGAUUAUGAAAGUGGUGAUUGGCGUUGUAUUCAAACUUUGGGUGAGUCUGACAGAGAACAUACAUCUGCUGUGCUGUCUCUCUCUUUCAGUAAAGAAAGAAGAAGAAUGGUAUCUUGCAGUGAUGACCUUACCAUCAAGAUAUGGAAAAAUUGUGAUGAUGAUCAUUCUAUAGAACUUUGGUCGGAUGCUUGCACUCUAUCUGGAUAUCAUGACACAACAAUUUUCACAGUUGACUGGUUGAGGGAAUUACUCCGUUUUGUACCUUAUGAAGACAAGGACCCAGAAAUAUUUGCGAGUGCAGGAGCUGAUGACGCUAUACGUGUAUUUAUCGAGGAUACGGACAAUGAGGUUGAUGGGCUUACAUUUAAACUACUUCUGAAGAAGGAGAAGGCUCAUGAAACAAACGUAAAUUCUGUGAAAUGGCACUCUGGGGAUAAAAGGCUUUUGGCGUCGGCAAGUGAUGAUGGAACAGUGAAGAUUUGGGAAUUGGUUUGCCCCUGGGGGCCUGCUGGCCACAUAGCUUCAUAGUUGAUACUGGAAAAACAAUUUAUAUUGUUAUAGAAAUUUUGAGCAUGUUGAAACCUCAAA